AUGGAGACCGCUGUGAAACUGUUCUUCUCCUCGCCCAAAUUCGCAGUCGCUGGUGCCAGUCAAAAUACCUCCAAAUUUGGAUACAGAGUAUUAGCUUGGUAUCACACCCAUGGCUUACCUGUGACUCCCAUCAACCCAACAAGUUCAGAGAUCAGUUUGCCUUCAGAGGCCUACAGUACAGUCGCAUCACCCUCAGCUUUAGAGAACCCCUCACAGACAGCACUGUCGGUCAUCACACCCCCUAACGUGACGAGAAAGAUUCUCGAAGAGGCAAAGAGCGUAGGUAUACAGGCAGUCUGGCUUCAACCUGGAAGCUUCGAUGAGGAGGAUCUGGAGUAUGCGAAGGCAAACUUCAAAGCUGCUGUAGGAGGUCCUGGAGGGCGUGGUGGAGAAGGUUGGUGCGUUUUGGUAGAUGGCGAAUCAGCCCUAAAAGCAGUCAAGCGUGACUGGAAGAGCCAGAAACUGUAG